CUUGAACCGUGCUUAACGGGUUUUUGGUGCUCAGAACUCUAGUUGUGUACACAGAAAAUGUUUAAAAUCGUAUUUUUAAUCGCGAUACUGUCGCUGGUGAAAUAUGGCCAAUCCCAAAUUGCUUUUACCAAUCAGCCCUGCUCGGUUCGAAAUCCUAAAAUCGUGGGUGGCAGCGAGGCGGAACGCAACGAAAUGCCCUUUAUGGUCAGUCUAAUGCGUCGUGGUGGUCACUUCUGUGGCGGCACAAUCAUCUCGGAAAGGUGGAUCCUUACGGCAGGACAUUGCAUCUGCAAUGGGUUGCAGCAGUUCAUGAAACCAGCUCAAAUCCAAGGAGUGGUGGGUCUGCACAGCAUCAAAGAAUAUCUCAACGGAAUUGGCAACGGUCCGGAUGCUCUAAGAGUGGACUUCAAGAACAUAGUGCCCCAUCCGCAGUACGAGUGUAAUGAUGUCAAGCAUGAUAUAGCACUGCUGGAACUGGUGCAGCCGAUCCGAUUCUCCGCCCACAUCCAGCCCAGCUGCGUGGGAUCCGAUGAGGGACACCGAACUUUGGAGCAGGAGUACGGCACGGUUUCCGGUUGGGGCUGGACACACGAGAACCAAGCGGAGAACGAUCGAUCCGACGUUCUGCGCAAGGCCACCGUCAAGAUCUGGAACAACGAGGCCUGCGAGAGGUCCUACAGAUCCUUGGGGAAAAGCAAUACCAUCGGGGAGACACAAUUGUGCGCGGGCUUUGAGAACGGUCAAAUUGAUUCGUGUUGGGCGGAUUCCGGCGGCCCACUGAUGUCCAAGGAGCAUCAUUUGGUGGGCGUGGUGUCCACUGGAAUUGGUUGUGCUCGUCCCGGUUUGCCCGGAAUCUAUACGCGCGUCAGUAAAUACGUGCCCUGGAUGCAAAAUGUGAUAGCGGGUAGGAAAUAGAUCGAGUGGUAUCUGCAUCAGAUUGAUUGUGAUUCACCUGUGAUAUUAGUGGUACAUUAUUAUGUGAUUUUACCAAUAAAAGUUUAUUUUAA